AUGUCACAAAAACGAAGCCAUGAGAGCUCCAAUGAGGCUCCAGCCCAUAUUUUGACAACCGAGUUAGAGUACCCUUUGAGCUACUUGGAUCGUCUUCUACAGAAUGGUGAACAUAAUCGGAGUGUGAGUUCAUCCACAGUCGAUUUUCUGUUGAUGAUGCUCGACUACCUGACCGACUACAUCAUAGAGAUGGUAGCCAUUGAGGCCUGCAACGGAGGUCUGCAGAUCUACCCGCAAGAAGCUGAAAGAGCAGCAAACAAUGGAGAGCGUCACAACCGAAUGAAGGAUACAGCCUUCACUUUGUUUGACCAGAUACCAGGAUCCAGAAGGAAGGGAUGA